ACAAUUAAACAUUGUCUCUUGGUUUUUUUUUUUUUUCUUUCUCGGUAACCAAUAUAAACUACAAUUUUAGCCGGUGAAUCAAAGAACAAUAAAUGAAUCACUGUGGUCUAUUGAGGGUCAAUAUCUGUGGGAUUUGAAUGCUACACUACGAAAAGAAAUUGUUGUAGCUGACGUCAGAUUUGAAUGGCCAAUUGUGGUGAACAAUCGUUUUCCAAUUUCAAUUCGUGAUACCACCGAGAUGGAUGUUAUGGAAAUCAUUUGCUCAUAUGUAAGCUGCUCAUCUAUUGAAGAUUUCUGUUCUAAUUCAUUUAGACCAUUUGGUCAUUGCUGUAACAUAUGCGGUAAAAAAGUUUUUUUUUUAUUUUUUUCCUUGUUUGUUUCGUCUAAAUACAUCGUCAUUUUGUUUAUAUUAAAUAUUUUUGAUGCCAUAUUGACGAGAAUUGAAGAAAAAAAAAAAAAAAAAAAGAAAACAGAAUGUUAA